CCACAUUUCACCAUCACUACUUUGUUUUCGCAUAUCUUUAAAUUUUGUAUACGUAGCAAACUCUUUCGAGAAAACAAGAUGAAGCUCGUGGUUGUACAAUUCUUCAUAAUCUCUCUUCUCCUCACAUCUUCAUUUUCUGUACUUUCAAGUGCUGAUUCGUCAUGCGGUGGAAAGUGCAAUGUGAGAUGCUCAAAGGCAGGACAACAUGAAGAAUGCCUCAAGUACUGCAAUAUAUGUUGCCAGAAGUGUAAUUGUGUUCCUUCGGGAACUUUUGGACACAAAGAUGAAUGUCCUUGCUACCGUGAUAUGAAAAACUCCAAAGGUGGAUCCAAGUGUCCUUGAACGUUCUUUGAAGAUCCUCAUCACAUACAUAUAACUUCUACGUACUAUAUGUGUGGAAAUAUUAAUCACAUUCUAUGUUUGAAAUAUAUAAAAUAAAAUCAAUGCCCCCAAUGUUGGAAAUCUUCAAUGUGAUAUCUUAAUAUAUAUCACGAAUAAAAAAGUUUAAAUUUCUC